GGGUGGAGUUACAAAGCCUGCAAAUCGAUGCCACAGCAACUUUCUCGGGAACUUUACUUUUUCAUUUCUCCUUAGUGUCACACUUUUGGUAGCACAUAUCAGCACUCAUGCGAAAUGAGUUCAAACAGAGUGUAUCCGACGCGAUUCAAGGGUGUGGAUGUGACUUCAAUCUCAACUGAUGCAUAUUCUCAGUUUGGAUCCCAAAUGUAUUUAAAUCAGGAUAAACACGAAGGCUGCAGGAACUGCUGUCCCAGGAGAUGUGUCUUAAUCACAUGUGUAAUCUUGCUGAUUCUUGGGGCAAUGGCAGCUGCUUUAGCCUGUGCGAUUAUAUUUGGAAUACCACCCAAACAGCCAAUAACCCGACUAUGUAAAACCACCUCAGGCGCAAAUGGCUUUCUGUGUGAUGACCGCCAAACCUGUCUCACUUCCACACGCGUGUGCAAUGGCGAAGUAGACUGCAGCAAUGGGGAGGAUGAAUCAAACUUGUACUGUGGAGACCUGCCUCAUAGCCUCCCCAAAUAUUUAGUUUUUGUGUGUGGCAACCAGAGAUCCUGGACCUAUUUAGACAAAAAAUGUGAUGGAAAAAAUGAUUGUGGAGACUGCUCAGAUGAAUCAGAAUUGCAGUGCCCUGCUUGUUCUGGAUGGAAAUGUGUUACUGUCUUCUUCAGUGACUGUGACUGCAUACCUAAGAGUCGCUGCAAAGACAACAUUCAGGACUGCAGUGACAUGAGCGAUGAAAAAAACUGUACAAAGUGACAGCUGAAUGGAUUUCUCACAUUAGCCUUGGAAUUUUUCUCUUCAAUGCUGCAUGGAUGAUAUAUAUUCUUUUCUAAGCUUUGUGCUACUUUAAAGUAAAGGGUAAACAUACAUAUCAGAUCCUGUUGGGUUAAAUGCUACUGUAUUGUGAAGUAUCCCAGUUUCUAACACUAAAGAUUACCGUAACCAGAU